CUGCUGCUGCAUUCUGUCUGUAUUUUUCACAUCUAGCGAUGGCUGUUAAAUUCCAGCAGUCUUCCUCGAUAAUAGCAAACCAAAAUGCUAGCGUGUCCAUAGAGUGUAGCCAUGAUGACAGUUCCCUCACUGUUAUGCUCUGGUACCAGCACCGGCCAGAUACUCGGUCUAUGAUGUUGAUUGGAUACACUUAUGCAAUAAAUACAAACUAUGAGAAUGAACUUGAAAAGCAGUUUAAGAUGGAGAGAACCACCCUGCUGAAUGGCUCUCUCACAGUGCUCAGUGCAAGCCCCUCGCACUCGGCUGUGUACUUCUGUGCAGCAAAUGCUACAGCGAUCAUUUUUGAUCCAUCCUCACCAAAGACAGUGCACCAAAAUACAAGCGUUGAAAUAAACUGUCACCAUGAUGAUAAUAAUAUGGAAAUCAUGCUUUGGUACAAACAACUCCAGAACGGACAGUUGAAGUUAAUAGUUUACAGCUACAUCGGCUUCUCUCCAGACUUUGAGGAAGAUUUUCAAGAGAAUUUUGGUAUAAAGAGACCAGACACUCAGACAGGAACUCUGAGCAUCUUCAAUAAGAGGGUGAGAGAUUUUCAAGUGUCAGUUUUGAUCUGCACGAAAGGCACUGAGACCAACUCUCAACCUGUCUGCUUCAGACAAGGCACCAGGCUCAUUGUUCAAGAGCCAAACAUUUACAUUACCGAACCAAAAGUUAAAAUCUUCAAACCAUCAGAAAAAGAGGGUCCCAGAAGCAGGACCCUGGUUUGCGUGGCCAGUGGCUUCUACCCAGACCAUGUCACUGUUACCUGGCUCAUUAAUGGAGACAAAGCUGAAAAUGGGGUCUCUACAGACAGCGUCCCGCAGAGGAAAGACAAGUACUACACGAUCACCAGCCGGCUCAUGAUCCCAAGGGAAAAGUGGUACAACCCGACAAACACUUUCAAAUGUAAUGUGCUCUUUUUCAAUAAGUUUAACAACACAGAUCACUUUGAUGAGAUAAAGGGCAUUGAAGGGAAAAAUGCCAUCUCACGGGAAAAAUAUAUGAAGACCACUCAAGCUGCCAAACUGUCGUACACUGUUCUGAUCCUCAAAGGUCUCGUCUAUGGAGUGUUUGUGGGGGCUUUGGUCUGGAAACUUCAGGGAACAAUCGGAAAACAGUGAAAGAGGUCAAGCACAUGCAGUCAGUGCUAAUUGUUAGUUUCUGCUUGUGAAAUAGUUAAUCUAAUGCAUGUACAUGGCUGACUACACAAUAGAAACAGUUAAACCGCUUUUUGUUUCCUUUUUCUUUACCAAAGCUGGUUCACAUUUGCUUCAUGAUAAUAUACUGAUUUUACUUUUUUGUGAUUUAUGUUUGUAAAAAGAGGAAAUGAGAUGUAACAUAAGUCCUAAUGAUGGGGUGUGAACUGUGACUGUAAAUCAUAAAAUUAUGUAAUUUGUUUCUGAAAAAAGUCAAUAUAGCUGAGGUCUAAGUAGAAGCUGUGGCUCUGUUUGGUUACAAAUAAACUGCCCUCAAUCCCCGACUAAUACUGUUAAUGCUAAGAUGUAAAUAAUGUAUAUUUGUGAGUUGUGUUGUAUUGAUAAAAUACAUCUUUGCAUGUUGUCUAAAA